CCGGCCGCGAGCAGCUCCCCCCUCCCGCCCUCCGAGCCGGUCCGGGAAUCGGUCAGGCGCGGCGCGGCGCCGCGCGGCGGGGCGGGGCGCGGAUGGGGUGGGGGCGGGGCGCCCACAGGCCACGCCCACAGGGGGCUUGAAAAGGUACCGGCGCUCCCUGCGUCCCGGCUCCCGGACUCACGCCGCGCUCUCUCCGACUGCUUCUCGCUAGUUCCGCCCGCGGUGCGUGGUCCUGCUUGCGACUCGAGAUGCCCGUCUGGGGAGGCGGCAACAAAUGCGGGGCGUGUGGGAGGACCGUGUACCACGCCGAGGAGGUGCAGUGCGAUGGCCGGAGCUUCCACCGCUGCUGCUUCCUGUGCAGCACCAGCAUUUAAGGCGUCUGGACCUUUUUAUACAGCAACUGCUUUGCAGACGACCAGAAACAGACAACAGAGAGUUGCAGUUACGAAGAAUACAAAUACAACAUAUGAAUGUUUGCUAUUGGUUUGCAGGAAAAAUUUAGAUAGUACAACAGUGGCAAUUCACGAUGACGAGAUCUACUGCAAAUCCUGCUAUGGAAAGAAGUAUGGGCCGAAAGGCUACGGGUACGGCCAGGGCGCGGGCACACUCAACAUGGACCGGGGCGAGAGGCUGGGCAUCAAGCCAGAGAGCGUUCAACCUCACAGGCCUACGACAAAUCCAAACACUUCUAAAUUUGCUCAGAAAUACGGAGGUGCUGAGAAGUGUUCCAGAUGUGGGGAUUCUGUGUACGCUGCCGAGAAGAUCAUUGGAGCUGGAAAGCCCUGGCACAAAAACUGCUUCCGAUGUGCCAAGUGUGGGAAGAGUCUUGAGUCGACAACUCUGACUGAGAAAGAAGGUGAAAUCUACUGUAAAGGAUGCUACGCGAAAAACUUUGGGCCCAAGGGAUUUGGCUAUGGCCAAGGAGCAGGAGCCCUUGUUCAUGCUCAGUAGAGGUGCAAACCCAGAACCAACAUCACACACUGAGCUCUACAUAAUCUAGGCACAGAUAAUCUAACACUAAACUACUGUGAAAUUCUACCAGUACUUAAGUACUGUAUGUUGCCCUGUACUUGGAUAGGCCAGCUGACUAGUAGGAAGAGAGCACUAUAUCUUUUCGCUUUAUUCAUCAGCAUUUCAAGAACCAUUUCUUUUACAUUUUAAAUAAAACUUUAGCUUAAUUUAG